AGUUGCUGCAAGAUCUUUUCGGCUGUGACUUGGGAGAGAAACGAAGAACCAGUUGUUUUUUCUGCCAUCAUCGUCUUUUUUGUUGCUCUGUGGACGACUUGUGCAAAAAUGUUGGUGCAGAAAAUGAAGCAGUUGAUUGUUGCUUUGCUUGUCUGCACUCAUCCAUUUAUGACUGAUGCUGUGCUCAACCUCCAACUGAGGGGCAGAAAGAUCCCCUCCAAUGGAUCUGGAAGUGUCCUCAUCACUGAUAUUGGUCCUAACAACAGCGACUCUCUCCAGUGCCUCUCUUCCAUCCCCGGGUCUCCUUCCUCAAACUGGUACUACCAGUACGGCAACGCUCAGCAGAGGAGAGUUCAGAGCGAUGAC